AUGGUCUGCUGUGCGGCCCUUGCUUCAGGAUCCGUGUUCCCUCUGGCUCUGGCUCUGGCUCUGGGCACUCAACUUGCUCUGCGCGUCUGCCAGACACCCAGACAAGACAGCGGCCGGCGAAACUACGGGAUUGUGAACAAGCGAGCCAUCCAGACGCUGAUACCGACGCUCCAAGCCCACUUUUGCGCAGCCCGACUUGUACCCAGUGUGGGCAAAGAGGAGAAUGAGAAGAAUGGCAUCUCGGUCAUUCGCUUCGAGACUGAGAUCCCGCAGCGUCCUGUGCCACGGAACGAGAAUGGACGAUUCCAGCAGGUGAAGAAACUCCACGUUCUCAAAGCAAGGGGUUACCUUCUCUUCGUCGUGUUUUUUGGCGAGUGUCUGCCAAUCCAGCUCAUUACCAUCGUGGGUUCAACCCAACAAGUCCCAAGCGGAGGGACACCUCACAAGGUUGCUGCGCUUAUUAUUUCGGUCGUGGAUUGCGUGGUGCAAACCCGUAUUUCCGGAUACUUUUGCCUGGUUCACGGCAAGGUUUAG